AUGGGUCAGGGCAAUCCACAAGACCGAAUUAGGUUCCAUGUGAGGCGAUUGAAGAAACGGAACUUGCGGCGGCCGUUACCGUCGUUCACCAAUCUGCGAUAUUUCAGGGCGUCGAUGAGACUGAUGGUGAGGCGCGCUCACGCUGUACAACAGGUCGCACUCCAGGUUGCCGAUACCCUCUUUCGCAGCUCCCCUCAGUCGAUCGUUUCCCUCAAGCUACCGCAGGAUGUCAGCGAAUACGGAGAGGUAGAGAUGGCAAUGGGUCAGGACGCCAAGGAUUUCGACGACGGGCCAUUGGUUCUCAGUACGGAGCCCUUAACCAACCUGCGCUAUCUACGGCUGCCCGAUAAGUACCGCGGGUACCACGCCGACCAGAUCUGCCCCUUCUUGGAACAGUCUCCACGAUUGGAGUCCUGA